AUGAAACGUGCUUGCAGCCCAGAAACUAGCCCAGACCAUGAGCUGAGACAAGAAGUCCCGCUAAAUGACCAGCGCCCAAUUCUCAUGAGCCUUAAUACGCCUGUCUCUCCGCCAAAAAAGAGAUCAUCCAUCAAAUGUGUCAAAGAUGGAGAUGGAAGAGACUCCAUCCCGCUGAACGCAUCACAACUAAACACUUCACCCAGCCUCGCUGCCAUCGAAGCAGGCCAGGUUGAAGUGACCGACCAUCUGAGCACGAUUUCCGCAAAGCUCAAAGAAUGCGUUCGCCCACUUCCAAAACAGUCAUUACCACGGCUGCCCAUCAAAGAAUGGAUCGAGCUGUAUAGACGAAACGAGCACCCAGAAGGACGCCAUUUCGUCAUUCAUCAACAUGACCAUCCCAUCGCAGGGCCGCAUUACGAUCUUCGCCUCCAGUUCUCAGAGACUAGCUCUAAUCAUCUCAUUGAAACGGCUUCCCACAAAACGGGGAGCCUGAUUAUCUGGGAUACUGGAGAAUAUGAAAUUCUACCUUAUCAAAUGGACCAAUCUGGCCCGGAGACCGAUGAUUCUCGAUCAGAGAUCUCCGAAGACAGUCACGUUGCACCGGAAGAGCAGAUCUCAGAUAGUGCCAAGUUGCGAGAAGCUUUUCAGAAUCGCAAAAUCCGACUCCGACUACAUGGAACCCGUUUACCAAAGGACUACACUAUUAUUCUGCGGAUGGAUAAAACAACCGAUUUCGCGAGGCCGAUCCGCGAAGGCCCCAAACGGCGUCGUCGACACCCAUCCAGGCCAACGCUACCACAAGCGCCGUCUACCUCGGACUCUGGAUCGCCCUCGCCGCCACCUGGUCAGCAAGAAUCAAGUGGGCAUCCAACACCGCAACGAUCUCAACCCGAGUCUCAGACCGGCCCGGCUAGGCAUGCACGUCCAGACGAUACCCACACCGCCAACAUUGAAAUCCAAAGAAACAACGCCUACCCAGGGUCCAACAACACGAUCGGCUCGAUCCACCAACGGCGGUGGUACCUCAGUUUAGACCGGGAAUCUUCUGGAUUUGAGCCGAUCAUAAGAAAUUCAAGUGAGGGGUUGAAGGAAAGAGGCAGGAAAAGAACGUGGAUCCCUAAACCCGUCGGACAAGGCUUCGAGCCGUUUUACGUGCACGGACCGGAGGCUGAGCGGAGUAUUAUUACGGCGCGAUUGGGGCGCGACGUCUUGGAUGACGAGGCCGUGGAAGAGUUUGUGCCGAGACGCGGGUGGAGGCCGGUCCUGCAUUAG